GGGUCUGCAUCUCUGGGACCAACGGGACUUGGGUCCAUGCAAUUAUUCUUCUUCUUCUGCUUCUGCUCAUUCACGACCUGGUCACCAAUUUUAUUCACACUUAUUUCUGUUGAUUUUGAAGUUUGCGAUCGAUGCAUUCUACGUGAAAACGACGAGGGGAAGAUUAAAAAAAAAUUACAAAAAUAAAAUCUGCACUCUGUUGACACUUUGGUAGUGGAAUUCACCCGGUUUUUAUUUUUAUUUUUGUUCAGUAUCAGUUAUUUUCCCCUCUCUUUGAUGCUGUAGUUGUAGUGUUGGAUGUGAAGGUUAUUGUCUGACGGAUUCAACUGAUCGCCCGUCGCCGAGAUGUUGCUAGGGUAGAAUGGUAAAUCCUGCUGCGUGGCCUAGGAUUGUGGGUUUCUUGUGACUGUUUUUAAAGGUUUUCGUUUCUUGGGUUUUGGGUUGGCUGCGAUUUCACGUAAAGAUAAUGUUAGAUCCGGCUUACGUUACAAUCGUUGUGAUGGUGGAUGCGAUCGGCUGUGUUGGAGGAGGGACAAGUGUCAAAGUCCAUUUCGCCGGCUGUUGAUGAAGAGGCGCAUCGGGAGAUCAUGUCAUGCGCAUUUGAACGCCUCGUCUCUUGACCGCACCAGACGACUGGAGUGGACAGAGCGGGUUCCAUUGGCUGAGAUGCGUCCGUCUGUACUGCAUGAAAGAAACGACAAGGGGUGCUGAUCGCUAGUCAUGUCCUUCUCACGUAAUUUACGUCACGAAGGUGGUGGUGACAGGAUUUAAGAAAGGCGAGAAAAUGUGCCCCCUACUCCCUGACAUUCUCGCAGAAAGAAAUGGUGGUGAGAGAUUGUAAACAUCUCUGAGGCGACUCGCAAAAAGCAUACCUACGCUUUACAAUCAUAGGCAGCGUCCGCCAACUCAUUUUCCUCGCUCCGGUGGUGCGGACCUGCGUGUGAAGAAGGAGAAGUCAUUUUAAAGUUCGUUCGCAUCCUUCCCUCCGGCAAAUUGCAACCCAGGACUCCGUUCCUCUCUGCGAAUCGCACAAUUUCUAUAACCAGAAGCCCUGAUCCGACACUCUUUGGCACAUUCCCUGUUUGAUUUCAGCUUGCUGGGUCUUCUUGCGCUUCCGCCUUCUUAGAUUAGGUUGGCAAUUUGAGAGCGGAAAAAAUCGCUGUGUUUCCGAUUUAAGAACACAACUACCGGGUCGGCAGGGUUUAGAUUUCUAGAUUAGAGGAAUAUUGAGGACAUCGAGGUUGAGUAUUAGCGCGUCUGAUCUGAGUGCACAUGAUUCCUUCGGCAUCAAAUAAUAGCUCUGUGGUAGAAAAGUUGCAGCUGGGUAAGUGAAUUAUUGUGGAUUUUUUUUGCAGCUCGGGUAGUCAGUUUCUUGCGUCCGCUUUGACCGGAGGAGCCCUCGCGGACGUUCUCUAUCCUUUGACCUGGUAUUGAUUGAAUGUGGAUAUCGCGCUCCACGGUGAAGCGCUCGCUGCGGCGGUCUGAUCGCGGCUCUUUCGCGCGCCCAAUCUGAUGCGGCCAUUUGCCGUGUCGACGUUUGUUUAGCUCGAUUGGAAGCUGGCUGCCUUCCACGCCUCUCUCGGAGAAAGAAGGAGCUAUCAUGAAGUGGUUGGAGAGAUUUCUUGGACCUUCUGAUCAUCGCCGAUACGGCGACAACGAGUAUUACGAGUAUCCUAGAAACGGUGUGAUCUCCUCGGGAUCAUCGUCAAGUGGUUCUGGGACUUGGGACAGUGGCCUAGAAUCAGACUACGGCAGUUGUCGCUCAUGGCGAGGUCCUUCUAUCUUCGAGGAUCCGUGUGCUGUUGACACGUUUCAGAACGUAGUUCCUGACCGGAGACAUUCCUACGGCGGCGGAGGCUACUCGUCACGCGACACAAGCAAGUAUGUGAGCCAAUAUGGUUCCACGACCGAGAUUUACCAUCCUUCAAGCGGGAGGUUCAGGCAAUCCGGCUAUGGCUAUGGCUAUGGUCAGAAAGAGCAGCCCCCAGCUUCCUACACAAGAAGGUACAAGACGGAGGGUUAUGACCGUAGCGAGGAUCUAGCGAAGGCUUUCGAGGACUCUUUGCACCUUCGGUAUCCAGCUUCGUAUGUAAAUGACGCCCCCAUGGUUGCUCCUUUGCCGAUUCCAGUCGCGGCCCCAACAACAAAGAACGUGGGAUUGUCAACAUGUGCUGGUUGUCACAGGACGCUCGGAUUCGGAAGAUUUCUGACAUGUAUCAAUCAGAAUUGGCACCCCGAUUGCUUCUGCUGCAAAUCUUGCCGCAGUCCGAUUGUAACAAAGGAGUUCUCCGUGCACGGAAGCGACCCCUAUCAUCGAGACUGUUACAAGAAGCUCUUCCAUCCGAAGUGCGAGAUCUGCUAUCAAUAUAUUUCUUACAAUGCCCAAGGGCAGAUAGAAUACCGUUCACACCCUUUCUGGAACCAGAGGUACUGCCCGUCCCACGAGAGAGAUGGAAGCAAAUGCUGUUGCAGUUGUGAUCGCAUUGAGCCAGUUGAUCGACGGUACCAAAGCUUGGGAGAUGGGAGGAAGGUGUGCCCGGAAUGCAUGGAGUCUGCAGUUAUGACGACCAAGGAUUGCCAACCUCUCUACAAAAAUGUGUUGAAGUUCUACAGAGUGAACCUCGGCAUGCCUAUUGAACAAGAUGUUCCGAUGCUUCUGGUAGAGCGGGAGGCUCUCAACAAGGCUCGUGAAGUCGAAAAUGAUGGACACACUCACACUCCAGAAACUCGAGGCUUGUGUUUAUCCGAAGAGAAAAUUUUCCCAGUCGUGGAAAAUGGUGGCGAACCGAGGAAACUCACACGUCAUUGCGAGAUUACAGCCAUUCUUGUUCUUUAUGGCCUACCUAUGUUGUUGACAGGGUCCAUCUUAGCACACGAAUUAAUGCACGCGUUUAUUCGUCUCAACGGUCAAUUUCCGAAUCUGGAAAAUGACGUGGAGGAAGGUAUCUGCCAAGUGAUCGCUCACAUGUGGUUGAAAGCAGAGCUUGAAAACCUCACGCGACGAACUUCAGGUAGUGAUGAUUCAUCCGUCAGCAAACGCUUGGGCGAAUUUUUUCUGCACCAGAUUGAGACGGACUCUUCGCAAAUCUACGGUGACGGUUUCAGAGCUGCAUCUAAAGCGGUUGCUGCAUACGGCCUGCCUCGAACCCUCCACCACUUGCGACGCACUGGCGAGAUUCUUCGCUAAGAUGCGAUCGAUUUCAGGUUCUGUGAAACAAUUUGUACAAAUAGCACAUUCUUUGUCGUCUCCGAUUGCUGACCCUUGCAGCGAAUCUUAUUCGUGAAGAUGAUGCAAUAUCUCAUGGAGACUUAGUAAUGAACAGUUCGUUCAUUUACCAACCAAAGAAAUUACUUGUAGAGUGUAAAGUACUGAGGAUUAGGGUUAAGCCUCAUAGCCUCUAUUGAUUGCAGAUGCGAGACUGUAUACGCGAGACUUCGUAUCCGAGGAAUUUCGGUCUUGCAUCUCGUCAUGAACAGAUUUAACUUGCAAAAUGAUAAAUCAGAUUUUGAGUAUUUUUGUGCUGACGUUUGUGUGUUGGGGCAUAUGUUCGACUUCGUUUGGUACUUGAAUUGCUUUAGCCGGUGAGUUGUGCUAGGGUAGUUGGAUGAUGCGGAGAGUGAGUUCACUGAAUUAAUUUUGGAGAAUUCAUGAUGUUCAAAAAUAUCAGCGAAUCUCUCGCCAUUGUAGCCCUCGAUCAUGACUUAGUAAAAGGGAACUGUUAAACUGA